AUGUUUGGUGUGGACACGGAGUUCCAGCUAAUGUUCAGCAUUGGCGGCCAGAUAGGUAUUGACGUCUGCCCCGUCGGCUGGGACAAGACGUUCUGCUUGCAGUUCGUCUCGCCCGAGGAGUUCUCCGUCGUGCACUUCUUCGGGGACAAGACGGAAGAGGGUGGCGGCGACCACGAGAUUUACAUGCACCCACGCACCGUCGGGCACAGCGUCACCUCGCCUGAGGACACCAUGCGACAGGUCGAGGAACUGCUCAGGUCCACCGACGAGCCGCAGGGGAGCUGGUGCGCAGUCCUGUAG